AUGGAGGUGGUCGAGCAGCUGGAGACGCUGAAGUUUGAUAACGGGCGGGCUCUGGGGAGUCCCAGCACAGCGGGGCCGCAGCCGGGGCAGGAGGAGCCCGGGGGCAGCGAGGAGCCGGGCCAGGCCUCGGCGCCUGCGGCUGGAGGAGCCCCCGGCGCUCAGGGCCUGCAGGAGGAGCAGCCCGGGGAGAGCAGUGCCGACUCGGACAGUGAUACGGAUUCUGAUAGUUCAUCUUCUGUCUCCUCUUCUUCAUGUUCUCUUUCAAUUGGAUCUGCUGAAAGUAAUAGUCAGCAAAAUGGAAACGAUAACGCAUCUUACCAUGUUAAAACAAAAGAUGAAUUGCCUCUUGAACAGGGGCCACCUUCUGUUGAAGAUUUGACAAUAAUUCUGCCUGAGGAUGUUGAGCUGAAGCCCUUUGGGACAGUUUCAAGCAUUAUUGAGCAGUUGGUAAUAAUUGAGUCUCUGAAAGGCCUACCUCCAGUAAAUGAGGAAAGCAUCAUUUUUAAAGGAGAUCGGCAUGCAGCAGGAAAGAUAUAUGAGAUAUUUGGUCCUGUUUUGCAUCCCUUCUAUGUGUUACUAUUUAACAGCCCUGAGCAUAUUGAAGCAAAAGGUAUUAAUAUCCAAGAUACCGUGUAUUUUGCGCCAUCAGUGGAAGACUUCACCCAGUAUAUAUUCACAGAGAAACUAAAACAGGAGAAAGGGUCUGAUGCAUCAUGGCAGCAUGACCAAGAGCCACCACCUGAGGCCUUAGAUUUCAGUGAUGAUGAAAUGGAGAGGCAGGGAAAACCAAAGAAAAAGAAAGCACGGAAUCAAGAAAGAAAGAAACCCAAAUCAGAAGUGAAUGAAUCAAGUGAGAAUAAUGAAGUUCAACAUCAGCCUAUGCAAAAGCCUACUUCAAAUUAUUCAAGAGGAUAUCGUGUCAGAGAAUUUAACCCUGGCUUCUCAAGGGACAGGUUUCCUCAUCCAUCUGUUAAUCCAGGCUACUCAAGACCACAACUAAGACCUCCGCACUUGUACUCUUCAGAUCACAGGCUACAUCAAGAAUCUGCAAUGUUUCCACAGCCUCAUAGACAAAAAAAUCCCAUGAUGCUUCAGUAUCCUUUUCCUCCUCCAGGAUUUGGACCUGUUGGUAAUGAGAUGCAUCACUUUCCACCCCCAAAUCCAAACAUGAUGUGGACAGGGCCCAACUUGUACUCUAACAUUUAUAGUCCACCAUUCCCAUUCCCUCCGCCCCCUCCUCCACCCCCACCCCCGCCACCUGCUUCUCCAAAUGGUCAUCCAUCUCAGUUUGGACCUCACAGUUAG